GUGUUAGCAUCUACAAGGGAAAUAGCAGGACAGAAUGCAGCCAAGUUUCAGGAAAUAGGAAGAUACAUGAAAGUGUCAGUAUGUCUUCUUGCAGGUGGUACCUCGCCGCUCGCUGAUAUUUCGGCGCUGUCUGAAAGUCCUCAAGUGGUCGUAGGCACACCAGGAAGAGUUAACUCAAUGAUCGAAGGCGGACAUCUCAAGACCUCGCAGAUUAAAAUAUUUGUCUUAGACGAAGCAGACGAAAUGCUCAAGGCGGGCUUUGAGGAACAGGUCAAGAAUAUCUUUGUUUCAAUCAAGGCCGAGUCAUUUCAGUCUCUUCUUUUUUCUGCCACCUAUUCUGAACAAGACCUCAACGUUAUUAAAAACAUGGUGGAAGAGCCAGUUGAAAUAGAUCUGAGAUAUGAGGACCAAACAUUGAAGGGUAUCAAACAGUACUUUGUAGACAUUGGGCCGUCACUGGCAAGGGGGUAUUCGCCAACUGCAAGAGACCAGGAAGUAAUUCUUAAGGCUCACACCUUGAUGGACAUUUUCAAGAACCAGGUGCUCUCCCAGGCCAUGGUCUUUUACAACAGGAAGUCCCAUGCAGCUCUAAUUCAUAAGACUCUCAAUGAGAAUGGAUUCCCAUGCGAGCUUAUCACCUCUGAUUUUUCACAGGAGGAGAGAAAUCAAAUUUUGAACAAUUUUAAAAGUGGAAAGACUAGAAUUCUUGUUUCUUCUGGUCUUUGUAAGAGGGGUAUUGAUGUGCAGGCGCUUUCAGUUGUGGUGUGCCUUGAUGUUCCGAAUCUUGACGAGAAAAACGAUUUUAUUCAUCGGGUGGGAAGGUCUGGAAGGUACGGAAGAAAAGGUAUUGCAUUGCAUAUUCUGAAUUCACAGGAGGCUGACAUGCUUAAAAAGAUAGCAGACCAUUUCCACAGUAUUAUUACGCCGCUCCCUGCUGGAUUCAGCUUUAAAGAUUAA